CCACCCGCGGCCGGCGGUCCUGCCCACGGGGUCUAUCUUUAGCGCGGCGGGAAACGUAGCACUCAGUUCCUGAGGAUAUCUGACCUCUGCGAUGCCUGGAAGCCGGCCACAGCCCGACGGAACACAGUUCCCAGUCACUCUUCCUGUCGUUGGGAAUCCUGGUGAUGGCCCCUCCAGCGGCGGCGAUUGCAGCCCGGUCAUCCCUGCUUCCGCGGGACUGAGGGGGGCUGCGCUCUGUGCCUGACCCGCGCUGACCCUGCCCUGGACGGGAUCGCGCAGAGGAAACCUUACCCUGGCUGUCCCUGCCCUGGAAGUGUAUGGUGUGACAGGGGGAGAGGGAGCUUAGCUCUCUGCCUGCCCAGCCGGCGCUGCCUCCCGCCCUGGGAGAGUGUUUUGACAGGACAGAGGGAGCUUCACGCUGGCCCGAACCGUGCUCAGACUCCCCCGGGCGACCUGCUCCACGCUCCGCUCGCACGCUCUUCGGAUGAAGGUUCCAUCGACUCUCGGUCACAAGGAAGAUCGCACCGGGCGGCCAGCACUACUCGGGGUUUGAGGUGCCGCGGGUGGGACGGUAGCUGGACGGAUUUAAGCCCUGACUGACCCUCCACCGGUGGCCUUGCUGCAGCCGAUGGCUUUGGCCUGCAGCCCGGGUCAGAGCGAGGAGCCGCUGUGAGCCGGAGGGAGGGUGCGCGUCGGGCUCCGGGUGGAGUGCCGGGCACUGAGCGUUCGGGAUGCCCGCCUGGCUCUGCCCAUUCGAGGCGCACCGAGCUCUGUCCGGCCGCCCAGGCCCGUGAAGGGUCGGAGUUUCGCACCUCCCGGGCGCACGGGAGAGCAUGCAGUCCGACGACUUUUUCUUCCGCAAGUUCAAGCGAAGCAGCCCCCGACCGCCGCUGACCUCCGUGAACUUCGAGCCCCGGCCGGCCCGCCCCGCACCCGAGCCUGCCGGCACCACUGUGCGGGCCCGCAUCCUGGAAUGGCCCCCCCAGCGGGAGGCGAUGGAGGACGGGGGCAGGGGCUCUCCGCAGUUGGCGACUGAGCCCGUGGUUCGCCAUCUUCAGCAGCAGCAGCAUCUCCGGGAGCCGGACGAAGGGGUGGAGGGCGGUGACGAGGCGGCAGCCGGGCACGGGAGCGCUCCGGCCCUCCAGCGCAGCAACAGCGAGGCGGCCAUCGUGGAGGGAGGGUGCACUCCCCCGGGACAUCCCCCUGGCGGGGGUGCCCUGCACCGAGAGUACGGCAGCGCGUCUUCCAUCGAGAGGUCCCAGGGCGGACGAGGAGGAGGGGAGGUUGUCGAGGCAGGAGGGGACGAGGGCGAAGGGUCCCGGCCAGGACUGGAAUCAGUCAGCGCCCCCCGCUUCCAGGACCCCUAUCUCCUGCUGGGGCUGCCCGAGAGUCCCGGCGGGGAGGGCUGCCAGGUGGAGCGGGACCCCUUCCUCGCCUGCCGCCGCUUCCGGACGCAGAAGAGCGAGGUCGAGUGCCCGCGGUCGCCGCCGGUGGCGGCCAGCGCCGGGCAGGAGGACGCCCGGGGUCCUUGGCACCGGGCGCACAGCCUGGCCCACUUCGACGUGCAGAGCAUCCUCUUCGACCUGCGCCAGGCCGCCUCCAGCCGCGACAGCGCCGGCCGCCGCAAGAAUAUCGCCACCGGCGCCUCGGCCGCCUCCCAGCUGCCGGCGGCCCAGCCGGCUGGCCAGGGCGCCGCCGGGGACCGCGGCCACGGCCACGGCGCCCCGCUGGUGCUGAGCUGCCCGCACUUCCGCAACGAGGUGGGGGGCGAGGGGGAGCCCCGGCGGUCCUGCCAGUGCCCCAACGCCGCCGUGUCAGUGCUGGAGGAGCCCCGCAGGAGCUACCUCAUCCGGCCCGGCUCCUACUUCAUCGAGCACGCCGACCUGGGCGCCAACUACUACCGCAUAUACUUCCACCGGAAAGAGCAUCAGAACUUCUUCGGGACCGAUGACGCCCUGGGGCCGGUGGCGAUCAGCCUGCGGAGGGAAGAUAAGGAAAAGGACACGGGGAGCGGCUCGCAGUACAACUACCGGAUCAUUGUCAGGACCACUGAGCUCCGGACGCUGCGCGCCUCGAUCCUGGAGGAGGCGUUCCCCUCGUCGGCGCGCCACGGCACGCAGCGCAGCGUCCCGACAAAGAAGCUGCUGGAGUACCUGGUGCCAGGACUGAACACCCACUGCCUGCGGCUGGCCUCCAACUCGCCCAAGGUGCCCGAGAUGCUGCUGAAACUGGACGAGCAAGGGUUGACCUUCCAGCGGAAGGUGGGCGUUAUGUACUGCAAGGCCGGGCAGAGCACGGAGGAGGAAAUGUACAACAACGAGGCGUCGGGCCCUGCCUUCGACGAGUUCCUCGACCUCCUGGGUCAGCGGGUCAAGCUGAAGGGCUUCGAGAAGUAUCGUGCCCAACUGGACAACAAGACGGACUCCACAGGCACGCACUCGCUGUACACCACGUACCAGGAGUAUGAGAUCAUGUUCCACGUCUCAACCAUGCUUCCAUACACCGCCAACAACAGCCAGCAGCUUCUCCGAAAGCGGCACAUCGGCAACGAUAUCGUGACGAUCGUCUUCCAGGAGGCCGGAGCAGACCCCUUCACGCCAAAAACCAUCCGGUCCCACUUCCAGCACGUCUUCAUCGUUGUACGGGUGCACAACCCUUGCACCGAGCAGGUCUCCUACAGCGUUGCUGUCACCUGCUCCAAGGACAUUCCCGAAUUUGGGCCCUUCUUCCAGGAAGGAGCCGUCUUCCCCAAGUCUUCCACCUUCCGCGAGUUCCUGCUGGCCAAGGUGGUCAACGCGGAGAACGCCGCCGAGAAGUCGGAGAAGUUCCACGCCAUGGCCAUCCGCACGCGGCAGGAGUACCUGAAGGACCUCGCGGACAACUACGUCACCACCGCCACGGUGGACUCCUCCUCCUCCAAGCUGGCCUCCAUCAUCUCCCUCCCCACCAAGAAGAAGGAACGGCCCCGGGGGAGCCGGGCGCCCGAGCUGCACAGCGCCGGCGCCCUGGUCUGGAUUGUCACUGCCCACUGGGUCCAUUCCCUGGACGACAUGGAGUGCAUCCUGGGGAUCUCCAACGAGUUUGUUGUCCUGCUGGAUCAGAAGCUCCAGAAGGUGGUGCUCAAUUGCUCCUGCCGGGACGUGAUUGGCUGGACCUUGACUGGGGGGAGCAUUAUCAUCUACUACGAGCAAGGCGAGUACGUGGCUGUCAGGACUCAGGAGAACCAGCCGGACGACCUCACCGAGAUUGUCCACCGGCUAGAGAUCGUGACAACUGGGUGCGAGACGGACGACCUCAUCCUACGCCGUAACAGCGUGCACCACCUGGGGUUCCAGUCCAACAGCGAGGGGAUCGUCACCCACGUGGAGGAGAACGGCUACGCCCACAUGCUGGGCCUGAAGCUGUUUAGCCGGCUGGUCAGGAUCUGCGAGAGGCCGGUGGUGUUGCUGUCGUACAAGGACAGGACCGAGCUCCUGAGGAAGGCCGACCACGUGAAGAUAACCGUCAUCCCCCCGGACAGCAAGGGCAAGCCCAGAAUGAGCUUCUCCGAGCUGUACAGGAAGUCGAUCGAGGAGACCGAGCGCAAGUCCGACCGGGCGCCGGACACGGGCCUGGCGCCGCCCUGCCUGUCGCUGCUGAGGAUGUCCUCGCUGCAGGAGACGAAGAGCACCGGCCUGCAGGGGCCCCAGAGCCCCACCGUGCGGAGCUGCUCCCUGGAGAUGAGAGUGGCCCAGGGCCAAAGGAACGAGAGGGACGCCUGCUCCAGGGCGCUGAAGACAUCGACCCCCGACGUCAUUCCGGCUGUGAACCCCCUGUCUCCCGGAGGCCAGGACUUCGAUUCCGUCGACGCCCAGGUUGCUGCUCUCCCGUCCCCUCUCUCUGGGACGGCUCUGGAGGAGACUGGCCCCGGUUAUCCCGGCACCUGUGACCCCGCGCUCGUGGACCCCCAGCAGGCUCCCCGGAGUGACGCCUCGGUGAUCUAUUCGCUCGCUGGCCCGAGCCAAAACCCGCCGGGCGGCGACAAAAUGCAUGAUACAUCCGAUACUUCCAACUUCCAGUGGCAGUCACUGGCAGACAUUGCGUCAUACUGUGAAAAGCUUGUGCAGUCUCUCUCCUUGGACGAAGAGAUGACCUCGGAGGAAGCCUGGGCUGACGGUGCCCUUGAGCCAAAGGACGAGAGCCAAUCGAGCACCUCUCCGACAGUCCUCAACGAGAAGGUGUUUCACUUAGAAGCCAUCGUCAAGCAGCUGCACGACAAGCUGAGGAAGGAGAAGGAAGACAAGGCUCUGCUGGCGAGCGAGGUAGAGCAGCUGAGGCAGACAAACCAACGCCUGCACCAGGAGUCCCAGACCACGGUGUGCCACCUCUUACGAGUAACCGAACUACUGAUGCAUAACGCCCACCAAAAGCCUCCCAACGUGCAUAAUUAGGGGGAGGGUGGGGGAAGGGUAGCUCCCUCCCAGAACGAGACCCCCCCCCCGUCUCGGUGGCGUUAAAAAGUCGGCAAAUAGAACUGGCGCGAUUUCGCUCCCUUUUGGGAUAAACCCGGCCCGUGUCGGAAAUCAUUUCUCCUUUUUUGUCCCCUGUCACUAUUCCCUACCGACGGCAGAGGAAACGCGCCCGGCGACGUCGCCCCCACCUCGCGUGUUUCGAGGAUUUUACUUGCUGCUUUCCGCCAAUUUCGGAACCGUCCCACUUGCACAGAUGCUACUUUUAUAAUAACACGGGGCAACAGAAAUAUUUUCAGGGGUGUCGCCUCUUCAGGAUUUCUGUGUGCUUUUUUUGUUUUGUUUGUGACGGACCGCUUGAAGCUGAGCACAAAUAUAAUAUCAGACUACUAGGAAUUUGGAGAAACAAGAGGUUAACUCUUAUUGAGCGUAAUGGGUUUAAUCGCACGGAUUUUCAGAACCAGGCAUAUGUCGUGAAAAUUUGUUUUUAAUUUAGCAUCAGCAAUACAAUGCAAUACAUGAUUAUAGAGAGAGGGAAAAUAAAUAAGGAAAUCAUUAUAGUAAGUAUAUAUAUAUAUCUCUCUAUUAAAUAGUUAAAUUAAAAAUAGUGCAAAAACAGAAAUAAUAUAAAAACAAAAAAAAAGUGAGGUAGUGUUCAUGGGUUCAAUAUCCAUUCAGAAAUCGGGUUGCAGAGGGGAAGAAACUGUUCCUGAAUCACUGAGUGUGUGCCUUCAGGCUCCUGUAUCUCCUUCCUGAUGGUAGCAAUGAGAAGAGGGCAUGUCCUGGGUGGUGGGGGUCCUUAAUGAUGGAUGCCCCCUUUCCAAGCCACCGCUCCUUUUAAGAUUCCUGGAGGAGGCUGGAACUGAAGAUGGAGCUGACGAAUUUUACAACUUUCUGUAGCUUCUUUUGAUCCUGUGCAGUAGCCCCCACUUCCCCCCACCCCCAUACCAGACGGUGAUGCGGCCAGUCAGAAUGCCCUCCACGGUACAUCUGUAGAAGUUUCAGGGCGCUUUGAGUUACAAACCAACGUUCAAACUCCUAAUGAAAUACAGCCGCCAAUAGUCCAACCGAGCUAAAAAUGUUUAGUUGACAAUUUUCGGUUGUACUCAGUGUCCGGGGCUUCUCGCUUUAGUGUCCAACAAUAGUCAGCCAGCACUGAUGGAUUUCCAGUUGCCCUGAUACCGUUUCUCCAUGACCGCAAUGUCCCGGCGAAACUUUUCACGGUGCUGGUCACUGACAGCGCCAAGAUUGGCAGGGAAGAAGUCUAGAUGGGAAGGCAGAAAAUAAAUCUUUAGUGACAUUCUGCACUUCACGGUUCUGUGUGCUUGAAGCAUGUUGUCAACCAGCUGCACGUAGUUUGGUGCUCUGUAGUUGCCAAGAAAACUUUCAACAACAUCCUUGAAUGCAUUCCAUGUGAUUUUCUCUGGUCCCGCUAGAAGGUCUUCGAAUUGCCUGGCUGAUUUGCGGACCGACAAAAAGUGGCUUCCUUAAUCUUGGCAUCAGUUAUUCUGAAUUGAAGUAACAAAAUACCGGCGAUUCCAUUAAAGUGGUGGGUGGUGGGGGAAUUUCACGCCGAUUUUCACGAUCGGCAGCCCAAAAUCCACAAGGUGCGCCCAAAAAGUAUUCAGGAAGCAAGAUCUUCUAACCGUGCCAAGCUAUGAAUUGGCACCUCCUGCCCUCUCCUUCAUAAACCUGUCUACCUCGUGUGCAUAGAGAAGAUAUCUGCUGCCCGUCAGGGAAGUCUGAAUUCCCUGCUCAAUUCAUGAGUGACGCAACCUCUACUUUGUAGGCAUUUUAAGGAACAACUUCCGCGGCAGCUAUAGCCUUUAAUUAACUGACAUUGUGUUUAAUAAUUAUAAAAAAAAAAUUCCAUUGAUAUCCCCAGCGACCACUGGGUCGCCGACAAAGUCCAUUUCUCCCCCGCGCACUUGUGGGGUGGGGGUC